AUGGAGCAAUCUCAAGAUUUUAAGUCGCUCCAGGAGAUCAUUCAGAAGUCACUUAUUUCCACAAUCAAGACCGUGAACCGAAUCGCCGCCGAAGACCUAAGUUUCCAACGGACAGUCAACCCUAGCGUCGGCCAACUACUCGAAGAUCGAACUUCGCGGAUCCUCGAACUCUCCACACAACUUCUUCUGACCGCCGGUAAGGCGUGUGGUGUCAAGGCGCCCAAGCUUGAAGAUGUGGAAGACAUCGAGAUGAACUGGAGGGGCGUCGUGGACGUUGUCGAUUCAUCACUCGAGAAAGCCGACACAGCCUUGGAUGAGUACACAGGGCUUGUCAAGAGAAAGGAGCCACCCCUACCUGAUCCUUCCAAGAAGCCCAAGUCUACGAACAAGGUUAUCCGAAACGCAAAUAUGACCAAGCCUCAACUCCUUUUCGAACGAAAGCCCGACAAUUUUGCUCCUGCUCCAUGGAAGCCGAUGCUUACGUCGAAACCAAAUGCCACAUUAUCUUUGGAGGAAAGCCUCAAGGUCGUCCCCAAUGAAGCUGGCACACCACAAUACCAACAUCCUUAUGAACACGAAAUUGUUCGCAUGUCAUAUCCGAAACGAGUGUUCAAGGACUCCGAACCUAUCAUGUACCAGCCUGUCGAAACAACCGCGGCGACUUUUGUCGACACAUACGAGGGCGUUCUGGAGAUGCUGGAGGAACUGAAGGGCGCCAAGGAGAUUGCUAUAGAUCUGGAACAUCACGAUUUUAGGUCCUAUGUUGGACUUGUAUCUCUCAUGCAAAUUAGUACGCGAGAGAAGGACUGGAUCGUAGAUACUCUACAACCCUGGCGCCAUAAACUUGAGGUUCUGAACCAAGUUUUCACCGAUCCCAAUAUCGUUAAGGUUUUCCAUGGUGCAUACAUGGACAUGGUUUGGCUUCAGCGAGAUUUGGGACUGUAUGUGAAUGGUCUCUUCGAUACCUUCUUUGCGUGCGAGCAACUCCACUAUCCCGCCAAGAGUUUAGCCUACCUAUUGUCUAGGUUCGUCGAUUUUGAUGCAGACAAGCAGUAUCAAUUGGCUGACUGGAGGAUACGCCCACUACCCGAGGAGAUGAUGUACUAUGCUCGGUCCGACACCCACUACUUGCUCUACAUCUACGAUCGAGUACGAAACGAGCUUGUUGCUGCCUCUGAUAGAGGUGAUGUCGAUAAAGACUACAUUGGCCGGGCAGUGGAGAAAUCAAAGGAACAGUCACUUUCACGCUACGAACAUCCCGGUUAUGAUGAAGAGACUGGUGAAGGCUCUCGUGGCUGGUAUGGGUAUAUCUUCAAGAACUCGCAUUUAGCAUUCGAUAGCGAACAAUUUGCUGUCUUCAGAGCCUUGUGGAGGUGGAGAGAUAACACUGCCAGGAAAGAGGACGAGAGUACCAACUACGUUCUCAGCACCAGGGAUAUCACAGAGAUCGCCCGAAUCAACCCGCCGGAUGCAAAGGCCUUACACAGCUUGUUACCCCUAAAUGCGUCUCUAGCACGACCGCGUUUCAAUGAGAUCUGGGAACAAAUCAAAGAGACUAAGGCAAAGGGUGGACUCAGCUUGCUUCACUUCUUUACCUCAAUGGCGCCGGAUAGCAUGAGAAAGAAUGGAAUGCCUAUUGCAGCCAGGCAAACUACAAAGUUACCGGUUCUUGAUGAAGAGGUCACGGUCAGUAGGCUGACUCGGUCGCAGUUAUUUGGCGAUAUGCCGAUCAGCUCUAAAUGGGAUCCUUCAACGCGACCAACCAAAAUUGGGGAGGAGCUUAUUCCGUUCCCUUGGCAGAGAUUCAUACAACAAGGCUCGAUUAAAGGAGACAUUCAACACGAUACAGCCGCCGAAGAGGUCAAAGUCUCUGAGCAAACAGAUACUGUGGAGAGUGCAGCUGGUAAUGCUGAGGUUGAAGAGGCUGACGAAGAGUUUACGUUGAGGAGGGGCCAGAAGCGAAAGUCGCAAGCGAUCGAAGAAUCCGAGUCAAGUGAAGAGGACACGGAUUCAUCACAAUCUGAUAGUGAUGAGGAGAUGCAAGAGGGUAGUGGAGUCAUCGCUGUCGAAGAUGAACCUCCCCAAAAAUCGUCCAGGAGUGCUCGUCGCAAGCUUCGCAAGGCAGAGGAGAAGAAGGCUGAAGAAGAGCGAAUCCGACGACAAGAAGCGAAGAAGGCUCGCAAGGCUCAGCGGAAGCAGAAGAAGCAGGAUGACAAGACCAAGAAGUUUGACGCAGUGCCUUUCGACUAUAGUAAGGCUACAUCGGUGCUCCAUUCAAACAGGGAGUCAAAUGGUGGACAGGCAGACGGAAAGGGCAAGAAGAAGGUCUUCGACCCCUACUCGAAGUCUGCGGACACGGAUGUCAAGGGGGCACGCAAAGCGCCCCCAGUGAGAGGAGAGCGAAGUGCAACAUUCAAAAAAUAA